CCCACUGUGGGUGUUACUGUGCCGGUAUACCGAGCAGGAGACACCCUUUGCAACUCCUCCCUAACACCAGGUUAAAAUCCUCAGCCCCACGUGCAGGUUGCAAACCUGCCUGUGACUGACGCCUAGAGCUAGAGAGCUUGCUUUCCUGGAGUCAGCAUGUCGGCUGUGGUCCUAGAAAAUGGAGGCUUAAGCAGGAAAUUCUCUGACUUUGGACAGGAAACAAGCUAUAUUGAAGACAACUCUAAUGAAAAUAGUGCCAUAUCACUGAUCUUCUCCCUCAAAGAGGAAGUGGGUGCAUUGGCCAAAGUCUUGCGCUUAUUUGAGGAGAAUGAUAUUAACUUGACCCACAUUGAGUCCAGACCUUCUCGUUUAAAAAAAGAUGAGUAUGAAUUUUUCACCUACCUGGAUAAACGUAGCAUGCCUGCACUUGAAGACAUCAUUCAAAUCUUGAGGCAUGACAUUGGCGCCACUGUCCAUGAGCUUUCCCGAGAUAAGAAGAAAGACACAGUGCCCUGGUUCCCAAGGACCAUUCAGGAGCUGGACAGAUUCGCCAACCAGAUCCUCAGCUAUGGAGCAGAGCUGGAUGCAGACCACCCUGGUUUUAAAGAUCCUGUGUACCGAGCCAGACGGAAGCAGUUUGCUGACAUUGCCUACAAUUACCGCCAUGGGCAGCCUAUUCCUCGAGUGGAAUACACGGAGGAAGAGAAGAAGACAUGGGGCACGGUGUUCAAGACCCUGAAGUCCUUGUACAAAACCCAUGCUUGCUACGAAUACAACCACAUUUUUCCACUUCUGGAAAAGUACUGUGGCUUCCGUGAAGAUAACAUUCCCCAGCUGGAAGAUGUUUCUCAGUUCCUGCAGACAUGCACUGGUUUCCGCCUCCGACCGGUGGCUGGCCUGCUUUCCUCUCGGGAUUUCUUAGGUGGCCUGGCCUUCCGAGUCUUCCACUGCACACAGUACAUCAGACAUGGGUCCAAGCCCAUGUUCACACCUGAACCAGACAUCUGCCAUGAGCUACUGGGACAUGUGCCUUUGUUUUCAGAUCGGAGCUUUGCCCAGUUUUCCCAGGAAAUCGGCCUUGCCUCUCUGGGUGCACCUGAUGAAUACAUUGAGAAACUUGCCACAAUCUACUGGUUUACUGUGGAGUUUGGACUCUGCAAACAAGGAGAUUCUAUAAAGGCAUAUGGUGCUGGGCUCCUGUCAUCCUUCGGUGAACUACAGUACUGCUUAUCAGGCAAGCCGAAGCUGCUCCCCCUGGAACUGGAGAAGACAGCCAUCCAGGAGUACCCUGUCACAGAAUUCCAACCCCUAUAUUAUGUGGCUGAGAGUUUUAUGGAUGCCAAGGAGAAAGUGAGGAACUUCGCUGCCACAAUUCCUCGACCCUUCUCAGUUCGUUAUGACCCAUACACUCAAAGGAUUGAGAUCUUGGAUAAUACCCAGCAGCUUAAGAUUUUGGCUGACUCCAUAAACAGUGAAGUUGGAAUCCUUUGCAAUGCUCUUCAGAAAAUAAAGUGAAGCCAUAUACAGAAUUGGUCUGUCAACUGACCAUUGCUGAUGGAAAUCCAACUACUUAUUUCAUUUGAAAAAAUCUGGAAAGCAAACCUGAAUUUGAAAUGACUAUAUUAAAUUCUUUUGUGAACAAGAUAAAUGAUCAACAUAUAAAUCAAAAUGAUCUCAAAGGAUGGUGUAUUAAUACUUACACAAAAACAUAAUGGUGGGUCUUUCAGGGUGUCUUUGAUUUUUCUAUGAUAAUUCUAUAUUCUCAGUUUAUGUACAUCAUUAAUGUCACAUUUCUUCAAAGUUUCUUAAAAUGUAGAGCCUUCUUUGUUUAAGCUCUAUAUAGACUUCUUGUAAUUUCACAUAGAAGACUCUUAAAGGAGUAUAUAUGGCUAAAUGUGAAAUAUCAGACUACAAUAAGAUUUGAAUUACUGAGUUUAAAAUAAAUCUUAACCUACAAAGCUUGGUUUCUAUUUGAGUUGAUAAUGAUUCCAAUUGCUGCUUUGUUACUGGGCCUAUGUAGAUUCCCUUUAAUUCAUCCCAUUAAAAUACUUACAAACAUUAAAAUUCUAUGGAAUGAUAUAAAA